AUGACGAUCGAAGUCGCGGCUACUGCCUCGCCCGUCUUGAGGAGGGCUCGGCCCGAGCGACGACCGGUAUCUUCAAGGUUGCGGGAAUCAGCACCCGCCCGACGCCCAGCGCUCUCCCGCCUGAGCGGUUCAGGCUCCCGGCAGCCGACAGAACAGGGGGAGCGACCGCGCUUGAGCGCCUUAGACCGGUUAGACCCGCCGGCGAAAGAAGCGCGCAGAUCGUUGCAACUGCCGACUGCGAGCGAUGCCGAUUCCAGUGAGGCCAGUUCGUCUGACUCACGGCGGCGCCGACACCAGGACCCGGCCCGCUCGUCGGGUCUGUCCCGCGGAGUGUUGGAUAAAGUCCGCGCAGAGUUUAACCAGUGGAAGCAAGAACAUAGCGACGAUCGUACUGCUGAACGGGCGACCAAUUUGCUACGCACACCCUUCACUUCAGAGCUCAUGAGCCAGUCGUACCCGAUCGACCUGCGAGUCCCCGGGGAUAAAGAGUACGCCGGCAGAUCGGACCCCGAGCAGCACGUGAACCUUUAUUACGGCAACAUGUUGAUGAUGGGAGUGUCCGAGGCAGUAAUGUGCCGGGCGUUUUAUUCAACAUUGACCGGACGUGCGGCGGAGUGGUUCCGUACUCUGGAGCCAGGUUCCAUUUCCAAUUUCCAGGACCUAGCCCGGAGGUUUGUUGAUCGUUUCGCCAUGUCAAAGACCGUGAAGAAGCAUUUCUCGCAUCUGGAAAAUGCCAAGCAGUUGGAUGGUGAACCGCUCUCCGUAUUUAUCGAACGCUGGAAUAAGGAAAUGGCGGAGAUCGAGCCUGUAGAUGAUGUCACCGCCACUAAUCUCUUGUUCAACUCUCUGAGGGCGGGAAAUUUGUACCAGGAUCUUAUCCUCCGGCCUCCGUCCUGUUACGAGGACACCGUGCGCAGGGUGGUCGCCCACGCCACCGCCACAGAGGCGAACUCGGCCAAAAGAAUGAUGGAGACUGAGGGGCCGAGGAGGGAUCAAAGUCAGCGAGAUAGACGCCCGAACAAUCCGCGACAGAAGGACCGCGAUGGAAACUCGAUCUACACCCCGUUGACCAGACCGGUUGCAGAAGUCUUACAGUUCGCCCAGAAUUGUCAUCUGAUUCAGUUGCCCGCCCCGGCCAGAGACGGCCCAGACAAAGAUAAGUACUGUGCGUAUCACCGCAAUCGGGGACACGACACCGAAGAGUGUCACGUGCUUAAGGGCCUGAUCGAAGACCUGCUGCAGACCGGAGAAUUGGCCCAGUUCGCUGAGAAGAAGAAGAAGAACCGGCGAGGUGGAGAAAAUACUUCAAGAAGGAUAAGGAUAAGAAAGACAAGGAUCCCGACCAGGAUAGAGAGCCUCCGGCAGCCGCUCAAAAGCAGGUUAUUCAUGUGA